AUGAAGUUCCUCGCCCUCUUCGCCACCGCCCUCUCUCUCGUCGCCGCUGCGCCCACUCCCGUCGAGAUCGAUGAGCGCCAGCUUCUUUCCUCGACCCGCAACGACCUCGAGAACGGCAACUCGAACAACUGCCCUGACGUCAUCUUCAUCUUUGCUCGUGCUUCGACCGAGAUCGGCAACAUGGGUGCCUCCGCCGGACCUAGUGUGGCGUCGGGUCUCGACUCGCGCUUUGGUGACGUCUGGGUCCAGGGUGUCGGUGGUCCUUACACUGCUGGCCUCGCCGAGAACUUCCUUCCCGCCGGUACCUCGCAGGCCGCCAUCGAUGAGGCCAAGCGUCUCUUCACCAUGGCCAACACAAAGUGUCCCAACACUCCCAUUGUCGCCGGAGGUUACUCGCAGGGCACCGCCGUCAUGUCCAACGCCGUUAGCGAGCUUUCGGCCACCAUCAAGAAUCAGGUCAAGGGCGUUGUCCUCUUCGGUUACACGAAGAACCUUCAGAACGGCGGCGGCAUCCCCAACUUCCCCUCUAGCAAGACCAAGGUUUACUGCGCUGCCACCGACGCCGUCUGCUUCGGCACGCUCUUCAUCCUGCCCGCUCACUUCCUCUACACCACCGACGCUAGCAUUAGCGCUCCCAUCUGGCUUGCCCGCCAGAUCAACGCUUAA